AUGGAUAUUGAUCUGGUGAUAGAAAAAUUAUUGGUUAUAGACUAUAUAAAGCUCAAGCCUGAGAUUAUGCACACUUAUACUUUAGGUCAUCCGAAAGUGGCACCACUACAAGGAUUUUCUACAAUCCCCUAUGUCAUUGACUUUGGUGUUGUUAUCACUGGAAGUACGGUACAAUGUAUAGCUGACGUGAUUAAUUAUGGGCCAAUAGCGAUCAAGUUAUAUUUUACCAAAGGCACCGUAUUUCCUCAGUGGCUUACAAUAAAAUUAGUUGGAAGAUUGUUACCCGGUGAAACGGGAAAAUUGGACGUUACAUUUGCCCCCACUUCCACUGAUUUUGUCGAACUGGAAAAUAACGUGGAAACAUCUUUUAAUAUUGAGGUCGCUUAUGGUGUGACAAUUCCAAUUCAAAUGAAGGCUUUAUGUGCUGUGCCUUACUUAGUAUCGAACGUAAAAGCUAUCAACUUCGGAUCUGUUAGAUGUGGAGAUAAAAUAAUAUAUUCAGUUCCAUUAAAAAAUGUAGGUAGGCCAACAUGUAUUUGGUAUGCGACUCUGAAAUUGAAGACGGUUGGACCUCCUCCGAUGAUGGUGCUCAACAAUUCGGGAAACUACAAGCCAGGAGCCGGAGGAUGGCUUAGUGUUGCUUUCAAACCGACGAUGGAGAUGAUGUACGAAGGCCACCUCAUAUUUAGAUUUCACAUGAACCCUCAAAAAAUGACGAUUCCAGUGACGGGUCAAGGAAUUGUUCCACACGUGCAUAUUAUAGGGCCGAAUGUAAAUUUCUCGCCAACCCUGCCGUGGGCUGAAACCACGGACAUAUACUUUGGACUAACGAAUCCAUGUCCGUUCCCAAUAGAACUGAUAAUGGCACAUUCGGAUGAAAAAUGGAAAGAAGAAGAUGAUAUUUAUCAAUUACUUUAUAAAUACUACGGCAAACCAGAAGAGAUGUUGGUUCCAGUGAUAAAGCCAGGAGUGGGGCUACCACAAGAAGUUGUAAAUUUUUAUUAUAAAUUUCAUGAAAGAAUCAAAAGAGCAAAAGAAGAUGAAUUAGCUCUUAGCAAUAAAGUGUUAACAUCCAAGGUUACACCGGCUGCAAAAAAACCAAAGAGUCCUAGAGAGAAGUUAUCUCAGAAACAACAUACCGGGCCGACCAAGGAUAUAGCUAUAUCGCCUAUGAAGAUGAAGAUACGAACCGAAGCUGAAAUAAUAGCAGAUGAAAUAAAAGCGAUGAAAGACAACCAUGUGGACCCUUUAAGACAAUGUUUACAUGUUUUUGACAACGACGAUGAUGUGUCGGGAACGGCUACUGGCCAACCAGAGAAAUUAUCUAAAGGAAUUUUAAUAUUUUUUCACGGAUCUCCUUGUGAAGAAAUGCAAUGUCAAGAAAUGGCUUACACUGUCGGGAAAAAGUUAGCCAUACCAACAAUAAAUGUAGACCACUGCAUAGUCCAUGCACUGUGCGAAACCGAUAUUCCGGCGAAAGAGCUGGUGGUUGCCGCUGUAGAAGAGAAUUAUGAAAUGUUGAAAAGAAAUAUUAGGAGCGACACUGUUACCGAUGCUGAACAAGACGAAUUUGAAGAUGAUAAAGACGAAUUUGAAAUUCUUUUCGACAAAAUUCAGUUUCUAGCCAAUCAAAAAAAUGUACCUACCCCUCGCUCAAAACAGAGUGACAAGAAGAAAAAGAAGACAUCCAUUAAUUCCUCUUCGAUAGCUUCUCAUACUGCAUUGGGAGCUAUGGGAUCGACGACUCUUUUUCAAAUGGAUUUAGUGGAAGAACUUCUUACUGAAUUGUUUCGACAGCCUCGCUAUAAUCGAGGUUUCGUGGUAGAGUCAUUAACGAGUUUCGUUAUGAAGAAUCCUCCUUUAGUGAUGAUGACAUUGAUUAAAUGUAAACGCAACAUUCGGAACUUACACCUAGUUUUAUGCCAAGCAGAUUUCUCUAAAUGGGCGCAAACGUACGAAGAAAGCCAACGUGAAGCUGAAAUCGUGGUGGAUGAGACUCAGGUAAAGGUAUAUGAUGAAACGGAAAUAGAGGACAUUGUAACAUCAUUUGAAGAUAUGGACGCAGAAGAGUAUGAAAACUCAUCUUUGGAAUUGAAAUCCUUGUACAUAUUGUGGGGCUUAGAGGAGAGGAGACGAAAAUAUUUUGAGAAGAAAGGUAUUGAUUACAGACCGCUAGGAGAAACUACUCGUAAGAAAGAUAAAUCAAAAGCUUCUGUGCAUAUAGAUGCGACCGAAAUGAAGAAAAAAGCAAAAAAGGAUGAGCCUAAAAGUAAAACUACGCCACGCCAAACACCUGAAUAUUCGAUGAUGAAUGCGAAAUACAAUGACUACAAUAAACUGACAUACGAGCAACUGAUAAAUAUUGCAAAUAAUUGGAUUAUUGAGGAAUGUGACAUAGGACAACCACUACUCUCCUUCAAUGGUCAGGUAGUUGGAGCAGCUCAGAAGAAAACUAAGAAGAAGUCUGAAGUCCAAUUACAUAAUCAGGUAAAGAAAUGUGAAUGCAAUCAAUUAACAGAUCUAAAUUUGUUGGAUGACACAAAUCAAGACAAUGUUUUAAACAUCCUCUCGAAAUGGCACUGCACUUGCGGCAAGAAGCUGUACUCCUCACAAACUUCCACAAGUGAAAUCCCAUCACUCUCAGUGGACAAGAUUCCCCCUGAGUCUAGCGAGGAAGCUUCAGAGCCACAACCCUUGCCGCUACGGCGUGUAAAAACCAUUGCUGCGCCUGCAUCUCGUUUAAUACUGCAGCCAGGUGAUCUGGUGCGUUGCAAAUACUCCUUCAGUCCUCAAGAGGAAGGCAACUAUAGUGUUAAGCGGUAUGUUGAAGUCAGCGGGUGGCCGAAGUCAAGAGCUGACAUUAAUGUUAAUGGCAUCUGUGAUUUGCCAAGAUUGGAUAGUCGUCCUAAGAAAAUGUUCGCUAAUUUUGUGAGGAGAACACAAGAAGAUCACAUCUACAAAAUAACGUACUUAGAUGAUCUCAAAGUAUUUGAGUUUGGGCCAUUGUUUAUAGGAAAUAAUAGAAUUUAUGAAGAAGACUACAUAAUCAACUUGAAAAAUUCAUCCUUAAUGACUGCAGAUAUUGUUAUCGAGUUUCUAGACGAGACCACAGUAUUUAAUAUUGACAAGACGACCAUGAAAUUAGAACCUGGCGGACGAGGCAAAUUAAAAAUCUCCGCAGCCCCUUCUGAAGUGGGUAUACAUAAAACCGUGCUACUAUUCUGUGUGAACGACAACCCCGAAAUAGUGAUGGUGAACGUCUCUUGCAGCGGAGUGUGGCCUAUUGUUGAAAUACUACCACUGUCUAAGGUUAUAGACUAUGGAAGACUUCUACUCUAUCGUCGAGAAGAUGACAGGUUUAUUGUAAAGAACGACUCAGUUUUACCAAUAAUGUGGAAGAUACGUAAUGCCCAAGAGUUUGUUGAAGAUUUCAUAAUAGCGCAGACGUCAGGUAUCGUGCCGAGAAGUGAUAAUCAAGUUGUUCCCGUCACAUACAUUGCAUGUCGAGUUGGUGUUAUCACUUCGAAAAUUCUUACGAUCGAUAUUUACGACUCACUGGGCCGCGGAGACCCUAUUUUGAUGGACAACCUGUCAUUGUCCGCGGAGUGUUACGAUGUAAUGGUUGAAUGUGCACACGAAAAUCCAAGCGAGAACUAUCUCAACUACGGCAACGUCAAAGUUAACUCUACAGUCGUUAGAGAAAUGUAUUUGCUGAACCGAGGCAAAUACAAUAUUUAUUACAAACUGAAGAAGGUAAAGGAUUUCCCUGAGCCGUCGCUGUUGCGGUCUUUCGAUGUUCUACCUGAGUGCGGCGUAGUCCCGGCUACUCUGAAGCUGGUAGCUAUCGAGUUUGAGUGCACACCCACCACCUCCAUGAACCUGGUCAACGUGCCAGCUUAUAUCUGCUCCCUACUAGACGGCAGCAAGGAACAAGUCGUUGUGGCCAAGUUCCCAGUUUGUGUCAGCAUCGCUUCAUUUUAUAAUACGUUCACAUUGUUCCCGCUGGGCGAGUUGAACUUCCAUAUAAUUCCAGUGGGAACAGGAAUAACGAGAGACGUUAUUUUGAACAAUACAAGCAAAUGCCCCGUCACUUACGAGAUUGUUCUACCGCCUACAUAUCAAAUGGACGCUGUUCUAACAGCGCCGCCGCCGUCGAAAGGAAAGGAUACUCGAAUAAGAAACCCUCCAUUAAAAUGUGGAAAUUUCUUGAUAAUGAACGAAGACAACCUGCUUCCUCCUGGCACCAGUCGUACGAUACAGAUACAAUUCUUCGCGACAGCAGCGCGAAAGUUUGAAGAGACUAUUAGCUUUAUUAUUAGCGACACGUGUCCUGCCGAGGCCAACGGAGUGCCGCUCCGACUGGUCGGCACAGGAGCCAUGCCAACUUUGGAUCUUUGGAAUUUAGAAACUACAUUUAGAGAACAUUUGAUUGUUAAGAAUCUGUCCGAGUAUAAAGUACCAGAGUCAGCACCACAUUGUGUGUUCGUGGAAAACUCUGUGACGUUACAUUUCUUCUGCGUUACGGUCAACUCAAGUCACACGGGUGCAAUAGAUCUGUAUAACAAUGGACUUGUUGCUUGUGCGCUCAACAUGAGGCUCCACCAUCAAUCUAAUUCUAACCCAACCAUAUUCUCUUUGGAUAAGUUCGAGACACAUAUCGAACCAUUACUGCAUAAAAAUCUUGGGAUUAUUUUCUCUCCUAAAUCCUUGCAGGAAUAUAGAGCGGUCUUGGAAAUAAGGCUUAAAUUGUUAGACAACCAAGAACAGUCAUUUAAAAUAUGCCUUAUUGGAGAGGGAGUUAUUCCUAGGAUAGAACUGUUAUCACCUCGGCUGAGAUACCAAAGGACAGCUGUGCUACCGUUUUCAGUGACUUGCUUGGGUUCCAUCAGCAGUAAACCUAUUUCCUUUAGAAAUAUAUCAUCGGUAAAUAGUGUUACUGUUUUGGAAGUAUUACAGUCACUGGAUGAAGUUCGACCCAUUUUUUGGUUGGCUGCAGCGCCGGAGAGCGAACUCAUGGUCACAUCUGGAGUGAAAGAAGAGAUAAAUUUGCGAAUGAAAGUAAUGUUGCGACCAGCACAGAAAACAACAUUAAAUGCUUAUUUCAAUCCGAUAACAAAAGGAAAAACUAGUUGUGAAAUAAGAAUUACCAUUGAAGAAAACCCUUAUGAAUAUUUUAUGGACCAUGUCAACUGUGUCUACUAUGGAAAAGAAAAGUAA